AUGUCGGAGUCGCCGCCCCCACCGUCAUGGAGUAUCGCCGGUAUGGCCAACAGUGCCGUGCAAUUCUUGCGAUUGCCAGUUCUGGCGUCUUCCGGGUUGGCUGUGGUUGCUAGCGGUCUUUUGUACUUUAAGCAGAAUGAGCUCAUCUAUCCUCGCAACGUGCCCGUGGAUGCGCGGACAAAUGUCCCCAAGCCCCAACAAUUUGGAAUCACAGACUACGAAGAUCUUCAAAUUCCAACCCCCGAUGGAGAGUCGUUAAAUGCCCUGUUCAUCCGCCCUUCGCGCAAACGCAUAGGCCCGAGUAUCACCGUGUUGAUGUUUCAUGGAAAUGCCGGAAACAUCGGGCAUCGCAUCCCCAUCGCAAAGGUUCUACAAGAUGUCUUGGGUUGUAAUGUCUUGAUGGUGGAGUACCGUGGUUAUGGUCUGUCAACAGGUACACCGGACGAGGCGGGCUUGAAAAUCGAUGCUCAGACGGGGCUAGAGUAUAUCCAACAGCGCCCGGAAACCCGAGACAGCAAGAUUGUGGUAUAUGGACAGAGCUUGGGUGGAGCCGUGGCGAUCAACUUGGUUGCCAACAAUCAAGGCAAUGGUGCGAUCGCUGGACUAAUUCUUGAGAACACAUUCCUGAGUAUUCGCAAACUGAUUCCCACGGUCUUCCCUCCUGCUCGUUACCUUGCCCGUUUCUGCCACCAGUACUGGACCAGCGAGGAUGUCCUACCUAAGAUCACACAGGUCCCCGUUCUCUUCCUGAGUGGGCUGAAGGACGAGAUUGUCCCGCCAUCCAACAUGACUCAGCUCUUCGCCAUCUGCAAAUCCGACCGCAAGGUUUGGCGUACACUUCCAAAUGGAGGACACAACGACAGUGUUGCUGAGCCUGGCUACUUCGAGCAUAUCCUCUCUUUUGUGAGGGAGGAAGUCCUCGCGGACGGCCAAUAA